UGAACCGUGGUGCGGGUAAGAGGAGCUGACCGACGCUUUGUACCGGGAGGGGCUGGAAAAGACGAGAGAAAAUGAAGGGACGAGGGCGAUAGAGAGACGUAGAGGAGGAGGGAGGUAGAGAGGAGCCGCCGGUCGGACCGUCCUACCGGAGGAGGAGGCGGAGGAGGAGGAGGCAGGAGCAUGUACCGCCGGGCUCUGCUCUCUUUGUCGCCGCGAAGACAGACUGAAAACCCGGCGUCCAUGACGGGAGCGCGCCUUGCUGUACAAUACACAUUGAUAACAAUGAUGAUGAAUGAGGCUGUAGCGUAGGAGUUUGAACCUGUCGCACUCUGAUCGAAAUCUCGGCGUCACCGCCCGCAUCACCGGUGACGCUCAUGUCCCUUCUCGCGUCUCAUCGCGGACUCCGGCGUAGACUGUGAUCUUGACCGCGGCGGGAUGCGCGCAGUAAGCGGGUGAUGGUGGUGCAGCCUGUGCAGCUCGGGCCUGGCUGGGCGUUUGAAUGAACGGCUGCAGACACUGAGGGGAAACCCACAGCGGCUCUGAUCGCCCCUUGCUGUGCUCCACACCGCAGCUGUGUGUGUGUGUGCGUUUAGAGCAAAUCCAGAUUUAAAGGUUUAGGUGUGGGUGUGUGUGUGUGGACAUCAGUGUGGGUCCAGUCAGACCGCAGCACCGCCCCUGUCUGCUCCGCUCCCAGUGUUUCAACAUGACAGCGCUGCGUCAGCGGAAGGGCAGCAAGGGGAAGGAGCAGCCCCCCGGUGCAGAGUGUCAGCCCCAGCAGGCCAACUGUUGCACCGACCACCACGCAGAGAAGGUGCUGCACGGUGAUUGGUCGUGGGGGUCAAUAGUGUGGACCUCUGUUGGCUGGUCUGUUUCUGUUGGUCUUGGCCUGCUAUGCUGCAUCUACGUGGCCACACUACAUGAGAACGACCUUUGGUUCUCCAACAUCAAGGAAGUGGAGCGGGAGAUUUCCUUUCGGACAGAGUGCGGACUGUACUACUCCUACUACAAGCAAAUGUUGCAGGCCCCGAGCAUACAGGAAGGGCUCUCUGAUUUGAUCCAUGACAACUUGACAGAAUCCAAGAGGACCAUUAAUCUCCUACAGCGAAUGAAUAUCUACCAAGAGGUCUUUCUCAGUGUUCUCUACAGAUUGCUGCCCAUUCAGUCGUAUCUGGAGCCAGUGUAUUUCUACAUUUACACAGUGUUCUCGCUCCAAGCGGUGUAUGUGAUCGCUCUGUACCUCACAGCAUGGCUCCUCUCUGGUUCCUGGCUGGCUGGUGCGCUCACUGGGGUCUGGUACAUCCUCAACAGGGUAGAUACCACUCGUGUGGAGUUCACCAUCUCCCUCAGAGAGAACUGGUCUUUGCCCUUCCUGGCACUGCAGGUCACUGCUAUCACAUGUUACCUCCGGCCUCAGCUCACGGCCUUACAGCAGAAGGUGAUGGUGUGGUUGAUGUAUGUGACAACAUUCUGCUUCUGUCUGACGUGGCAGUUCAACCAGUUCAUCCUACUUGUUCAGGCCCUCAUCAUAUACACCCUGGACUGUAUCGACUUUUUAACAACUACACAGGUGACCACUCUGUACCUUGUUCAAGUGUGCGGUCUGCUGAGCGUGUGGCUCCUUCAGUUCUGUAACCCCAUGAUACUGGGAUCACUGGUCCUGAGCUUCAUCGUAGCUGCACUCUUCAUCAGACACUGCCAGUCUGGACUGAAGACAGGAAGCCUGAUGGCUCGUCUGGGCAAACUGCUUCUCCACACUGCCAUGGUUCUUCUCCUCACCUUCACCAUCAACUACCUAGCCAAGAAAGUUCUUCAGCUCAGAUCAGACGAGCACAUCUUUAAAUUCAUCAAGUCAAAGUUGGCCUUGGGGCAAACAAGGGAUUUUGAUGCCAGUCUGUAUCUGUGUGAGGAAGCCUUCGGCUUGCUGCCCCUCGACACACUGGAGCGGCUGGCUGGUACGCUCCUGCUGUAUCCCUACAUCCUCACUCUGCUGCUGCUCAGUGGCAUGCUGGUGGUGAGCGCACUGCAGAACCUGAGCAGGGCUAAAGGAGGUUCAGCUGAGGAGAGGAAAGGAGCAGAAGGGCGCGUGGUUGCUCUCCGUCCAGAUGUGGCCUAUAAUGUGUUGCAUACGCUUUUCUAUGGUCUCCUGGCUUUCAGCACCAUGAGGAUGAAGUAUAUAUGGACUGGCCAUAUGUGUGCGGUCGCAGCAUAUGGUGUGUGCGGGACGGAGUUGUGGACUCCUCUUCUCACCACUGUCCGCUGCAACAGUAAAGUUCUGUUACGCCUCGUCAGAUAUGCAGUUCCACUGGCGAUGAUCGCCUGCCUGUAUUACAAGUUCUGGCCUAAGCUGAUGGAGGAGGUAUCAGAACUGAGGGAGUUUUAUGAUCCAGACACUGUGGAGCUCAUGACCUGGAUUAGCACAAAGACCCCUAAGGGGGCUGUGUUUGCAGGGAGCAUGCAGCUGCUGGCUGGCGUCAAACUGUGCACAGGCAGAGUUCUCACCAACCACCCCCAUUAUGAAGAUAAAGACCUGCGGGAGAGGACCAGACAGGUAUAUCAGGUGUACGCUCGUCAGUCCCCGGAGGACGUCCAUGAGAUCCUGAGGGCUGUCGGAGCCGACUACGUGGUGCUGGAAAACAGCAUCUGUUACGAGCGGAGGCACAGGCGAGGCUGCAGACUGCGGGACCUGCUCGACCUGGCCAACGGACAUAUCAUGGAUGGACCUGGAGAGAAUGACCCAGACCUUGUCCCCGCCUCCCACCCUCGGUUUUGCGAGGCCAUCAAGACGGACCCAGCAGAUUACACCGCUCUGUUCACCAGAACAUUCCAGAACAAAACCUUCCACGUGUACCGGGUCAAGAAGAAACGCAAGAAAAGUGCCAAGACUUUGUCAGAGCCCAGUGCGACUCAAUAGAAGGAGCAGGGCUGUAAGAAACCCCCCCGUCAGAGGCCAGAGAGGAGAGAGACGGAGGAGAAGAGGAGAUAAAAGCACUGAAUCCUCGCUGUUUUUCUGUCUCCUCUCUGCACAGUGCCCAGCUGUGAUCAUGCCCAUUAUUUUUUAACACACGGCUCUGUGAACUGUGGUGAUGGAGCGGUGAGCCAGUUCAAGCUUGGGGCUGCAUUGUUUUAGUUAGUGGAGUGUGGGAGCAUCUGUAGAGAGUCCUGCUUUGGGUUGUUUCUGCCUCCACCCGUCCACCUGCUCUCCUCCCAGCUCUCACCGGUACAGAUAAAAAGAGACAGAAACAAUUGGCAACAGGCAGAGUCUGGAGCAACUAACCACUAAUGAUUUAGUGUCAUAUGAAGUCAUCAUUGCCAUUUCCACACAGGGCAUCAUGAAAGUAGGAUGAAAGUCAUUGCUCCUGUACUCCUGAGUUAUUAGAAUAAUUGGUUUGGGGUUCAAAAGCACGUUUAUUUUUUUAGGUUAACUAUAAAUAUUUGACAAUGAAAUACUCGACACAUACUGAUGAAGAGGGCAUUUUUCAUGAAGUAUAUUACAUACAGUGUUUUCUGUUGAGAUCUUCUUUACCAGUUGAAAUAUGAGGAGAAAAUCGAAGAAUUGCCAAAAGAUUUUGUUGAUCUCAACAAAUAUGUUCAACGAGUUUGAGCUAGAUCCCCGAUGGAGCUCACUAUAGGAACCCAACCGUCUUUAACAGUUUUUCUGUUAUGGAAGUUCAAGUUAGAGCCACUGCAGUGGUGGAAAUUCACACUGCCAGUUAGUGAAAUUGCUGUAUUUGCAAAGUGUGGAUCAAAACUGAAGCAAUGGGCUCUUUCUUCUUAUCCCAACAUUAGACAAUAAAACUAAGGAAGCACUGUAGUGACCUUAGAGAUAAUCUGAUUGUUAAGGCCUGGUCACACCAGAAAGUGAUGUAAAAAUAUUUUGUUCUAAAAUCUUGUUACUUUCUCGAAGGGCUUCUUUGUGAGCUAGCAUAGCUUAAUGAGCUAACGUCUAACCAAUUAGCUAGCUAAGACUUGCUAGCACUAGUCAGUCACAAUACCCUGAGUUUUUUCUCUGGACUGACAAUUAGUCCCAGAUAUUACAUUUCAUUCAAUAAAGAGUUUUAUUCAAGACAGAACAAGCAAACUGCCUAUGUAGCUUGGUGGCUAAUAGGACAAUACAAUAGUUACCACGUUUCUAGUAUUACUAAUGCUUGUUGAGCAGUUUUUCUUGACAGAGGAGACCAUUUUGGACUCUGCGGCUCUGCCAUCCCACAAAAUGCAGUAAAGAUGGUGAAAGAGCCACUGUGAUGAAUUUAUUAUAUUCUAAAGGUUCCUGGUUUGUCUCUAUGAUUUCAUCCACAGCAUGUUUAGGACUGAUCAUUUGUGUUCAUUUAAAAGUGCAAAUGUUACUCUUGACAUUGGAUGUAACAAUAUUAUCCCAACUCAAGGUCCACUUACUCGAGCGGCUUUCACACAUGCACUGAGCUCCAGAUAAUCUCCUGAAGUCAUUCGAAGGGGCAACGCAAAUGUCCGCGCCAGUUGCUCUUUUUACGCCAGCCCCGGAGUACAAACUAUGGGAAAUGUCCAGAUGAGCCCAUGUGACAACACAGCAGGAGAUUCUCCAGAGGAUUCACAGUGAGCGAGCGGGCCUGUUGAAGUUUCUAACACACCGCAUGAUGUGAAACCAAAAAAAACAAACAAAAAGAAUACAAACGUCUCGGGGAGAAAAAGUGGAGCCAUAGAUGUAGAAGACACCGACAAAGAUGUCACCUUGAAAAGACUUUGAGAUUCGAGUCGAAUGUGCUGUAAACAAAAACACACGAUCUCCACAGCAGAAUUAAGAUGCAUUCCCCUCAUCUCAACACCUAAACCUGUGUUGUGAACGUGCCUGAGCGGAGAAUGUCCUGCUGCGUUGUUCAUGUGUGAACAUUUCCUGGCGUUGAACCUGACUGUGUACUGUGUUGUCAAACUACUAUCUCCGUCACAGAUCAGACACAACGAAAUGCUUAUUCCAGUAUCUUCCCGAAUUUGGGUUCAUUUUUAAAAGGAAGAGCACAUUGCGUGAGCACAUUUGACUCCGCAGUGAUAGAUGUUCUCAAUUCCCCCGAAAAACAAGACAGAAAUAAUUUUUGUUAGUUUCGAUUCUGGCCUGGGUGGAAACAGGUUCCCUCGCUGCCUAAAUGUGUUUCUGCUGUAAAAACCGAGGUCAAAGCUGGUACCAAGUGAUAGUUGUGACAGUGUUGUUGUUGUUGUGAUUGCUGUCAUGUGUUUUUCCUGUAGGCUCUGUGAUUCUCAUCAGCAGCAGCCACAACCUUUUCCCUCUCUGUUCUCUCUCUGUCUCGCACACACGCAGCCACAAUCACACAUGAAUAAUGUAAGUGGCGAGGAAAUUGCAGCAGGCUAACAACGACGCUGAUUCUCCGCCGCAAUCCAAAAUAGUUUGUGAGGGAGAGGGCCAACACUUGCAUAUCAAACUGAGGCUUUGUGGUUGGAGAGGAAAUAGAGGGAGGAGAGGGGAGGACAGAGAAAAGGCUCAUGUUUAAACAGCAGCAGACGAGGGAUGAGAGGCACAUCAGAACAUGGAUUCGUAAUGAUCUCAACCUCUCCCUGGUUUUGUUUUUCUUCUCUCAAAUGAAAGGGAGCGGAGGGGAGGUGAUUGAGCGGCUGGUACUAUGUCGAUAAUUAUUGAUCGGCCACUUGAUGUCGCCUGCUACAAUGAGCCGUUAUGUGGGAAUGACACACACACACACACACACACACACACACACUUCUUCCUCCCUCUCUCUCAUCUCAGCCAGCCUAUAUUUGUACACUUGUUAAUAAGGACCUGUGUCUUUGAUAAUCCACACCUUCGCAGAUGCACGAACACUCCUGCCGAGUUGUUGUGGGGCUUUUCGUAACGUGUUGUUAGCCGCGCAGCCACAUCGUAAUGCAUACCAAUCAGAUCAGUGCGAAACGGCGGCGCUUGCCCCCCCUCGCCUUCAUAUUGGAUGUUAAAUUUAGAAGAUGUCUGAUUGCUUUAUUUGAACGAAGUGAUUCCAUUAUGUUUGCCUAAUAAGAGUGUACUAAUGUAAUUUUUUUUCACCAUUGUUAAUUUCCAUACAUAUUGGGAUUAGUAGUUCAUUCGGAGACGUGCUGUCUGACUAUGGUUUCCGUAAUGAAAGUGAGAUGAAGAAAGCCAUUAAGUUGUGUGCACAUAGAAUUCAGCUCAACACCACACUGAGCCUCGUUGGAAAGAACGAGUACAUGUUGCUGAAACAAAUGCAGCCACUUGAAUUCAGGCUUUUUGUCUCAGAAAUGAAUCAUUUUAGAGAAAGAAGGCGAGAGUAGGUUGUUUCUGUUACCACAGGUCAGAGUUGGUUUUGCACAUGUGUGACCUAAACAGUAUUUGGUUGGUGGUUUUAAUGUGUUUGUAUUAUUGCAGUUUAUUAUCACAAGCAGAAGGAAGAACUGAGACUGAUCGAUUUCUCAUUUGCCAAACAUGUCAUUCAUCUCAUUACCUGGUUAUAUAUAUAUACUGCUGACUGGCUCGGAUUUAAAUGUUGAUGAAAGUAAAAAAGAGGAUUUAUAUUUCUGACCAACUGCAUGUGCCAUCCUUAGACAAGUUGUUUACUCGGAGCAUCGAUACAGAGGCUUCUCGCUGAGUCUGUGCCAUUUAAAAACAUUGCAACUAUUUGUGAAUGUGACAUUUCCACAGGGAGUGUAAGGGUUUUCAUAGCGUGUGUGUUGACAGACCACUUUAUCCUGCGCUCACACUGGUACUCCAGAAGUGACAGACAGGAAACGGUUGCACCUUGUGACCCUGAACAUUAUCAUCUUGAGCACAGGCACUGAUACAGGUACGGUCUGAGUGGAAACAGAUGACGUCUGGGUUUAAAUAAAAAAUAUGAUAUCGUAUGUUUGUGAGUGCCUUUGGCUAUUUCCUCUAUUUUGAUCUGCUUUUUUUUUUUUUACUUCACUUAACUCAUGUUGUUCAGCUGGGUUUUCUACUGGAGGACAUUUUUCAUAUCAGACAUCAAACACACUAGUGAAUGUUUACAACCCAAACAAAACUGUUUUCGUGCCAAGCAAAGUACUGGUGGAAGUGAUAUGUAAGAUAACCUGAGUUUUUCAAUGCCAGUGGUAGUUAUUAGACACAUCUAUGUUCAAUGGCAGUAUGACCAAUAAAAGUAUUUCUUUUUCAGUA